GGGGGAUCCCAAAGUUAGUGUUUAAAGGUCACACAUGUCUGAUCGACUUUCCUUUAUUGCCUCACAUGAAGGGUGGAGGUGUAACUUUAACGGUGAAUCACAGAUAACAGGAAACUAAUACUCAGUCUUGGGAAACACAAGUGAGGAAAAACUUAGUUAUGACACGCCUCAUGAUCUUUGUUUUUAAGAGAGCGAUCGACCAGGCUGAUAUAAAGCAGAUAAUCAUGAAGUCAUAACUGUGUCAUUAUGUGUUUUCAGACAUUCAUGACUGCAGAAUAAUAACACGGUGGCUUCAGCAGGCUGGCUAAAAGGGAAAGAUGACUCAGGAAUAUACGGUGUUAUACUGUCCCUCAGAAUCAGGUCAAAUCAUCUCUACUUUCUGACUUCCUUUAUUUCACUUUCAGCAUUAAACCCAGUGAUUCUCCUGAAGGUCAAAUAUCCUGUUUCAUCGAGCUCACCAACACCAACCAGGAGGCCAAACAAACAUGAUGGAAGGGGAAAGAACAAGAUGAUUUCUUGGACUUUGGUGAAAGAGGAGUGACUGGUGAAGUUGUGGAAAGAGCAGAUAUGUCUCUUUGACAAAGUUCUGCGCCGUAGUGGAUCAAAACUGCUGCAGCCAUGAAAAUGUAAAGUUUUUGUUCCUGCAGUUUGUGAUCCCGUCUUUGCAAAAUCCUGAGUCUCCAAGAGUUUCUGACCCAUUUUUGAGAAUCUUCUAGUUUAUUGAAGGCCUUACAAGUCAGCCCAAACAUCUCUCUGAUAAUGAAGAUCCUUGCUCAGUGAGAAAUGUAAUCCCUCUGAUAUUGACUGUAUCUUUCAAGGGUUUCGGAGAAUCCAAGGCCCAAAUAAAGGCAACUUGAAGGUGACUAGACUAGAUGCAUGAACCACCAAACCUAACUUGUUUUUUAAAGUAAAGAGGCAGCAUCUCUUUUUGGCAAAUCAGUGACUUAAACCAUCUUUCAGGAAAGGCAAAACCAAACCAUGAAAGAAACUUAAUUUGGAUGAUUGAAUCCACGACCCAGCUCUUGAUUGCAGGUAUGAGUUAAAUUAUUAAGUGAGGAGAGGGAGCACUUAAAACAGAUUUUAUUGGUUUUAAAGCUACGACUAUGAUCCUCAUCACUGAGGAGUGUGGUUUUGGGAUGUUUUGCGGGUUAUUUAAAUCUCACAGGUGUAGUCAGACAAUGGAUUAUGGAUGCAAGCAAACCUUAAACCCAGGCGGCCUUUUCUGUCGAAGGAAAGCAGUUUCUACAGGACAUUUUGCACAGACCCAGAUCAUUUGCUAACUUUGGACAAGCUUGUGAAGGGAUUUCAUCUGGGCCAGUUUGGACAGGAUGACAGAUUUUCAUCUAGAAAAACUGGUUUCUUCGUGGUUUUGUUGUAAGUCUGUUAAAAAGCCUCUGACUGCACCCUUUCAGAGAUGUCAUUGUAGAUGGAGAAGAAAAGGAUCCUCUUGUCAGAGUGAUGUAUGAUGAUAGAUCGUAGACAGAAGUUCAGAAAGUCAAAUUCUGUACUAAAGGUGAGCCCUUCAUACUUUCAGCAGAAAUAUGCAGAUUUUUCCGACAAGGCAAAAGUCCUCGUGUUAGAGAAUUUUUGAGAUGGAAUCUAGGUUUGCAAAUGUUUAGACCAAGUGUAAUCCCCCAACUACUCUUCUAUUUUAAAAAAAGUGAAUCUUCAGAGGUGACAUAUUUUAAAAAUGAGGAUCAGUAUUUUUAAGAAAAACUGCAUAAACGUGAUCAUAGAACAGGUUUCUACUUUUUUCAGUGAUAUAUAUCUGACUAACAGUAAAAUCCACUCACUUUGUGAGACCGUCUGUUUUAUACUUGAGUGUCUCUGUGACAUCCGUGAGCUUCUUUACCCCACAGAGAAAGUUUGUACUUUAUUAGACUGUCUAGAUCCAGUCCCUCAAAAAAUAAUAUGUUGUGAUUCAUGUGUUAAUAAUAGUGGCUAAACAGCACAGAUGGACGUCUUUGUUUUGGUGUGUUGACCAAUCAGAGACUGUAUCAGUGAUCAGCUGAUCUGGAGAGAUCCAGUUAGAAGAAAUAAUGGCCUCAAACAUUUGUCAGAGUCUGCUCUCAGAGAAGAAAUACUAAAGAUUGUACAAUAUUGAACAGAUCUGCCUGAUUCAGUUUAUUUAAGUGUCUGUAGUCUCUCUGUGUAUCAAUAUUUAAGUGCUUUAAUUUGUCCAUUUAAUUGUUAUUUUUAAUUUAAGUUGCUUUCUACUUAAAAAAAAAAGUUAGGUCUUUUAAGGGAUAUCUCAAAAAUCUGUUUGAAGAGCGGGACAAAAAUCAGUUAUCUUAUAUUCUGGUCAAUACGGUAAUGUUAGUCAACAUGUUUUUGUGACAGAAGUAGUUAAAUACAAAGCUAAAUGGUUAUCAAAUAUGUCAUGCUGUAGUUUUAAAUAUGAGCCAUUUUCCCUUUACUCCCCUUUAACUUUUUUGCUGCUUUGAACAUCUGAGCAUCCUGAGUGUAACAUCAGAGGAAAACAACCCCCCUGUGAAAACCCUGACCCGGGUGCAACAUGUCUUUUUAAACCCACAGGCGACACCACACAAAGUGUUCACACGCGCCUGAUGUGAAUUCCUCAUACCUGUACCACUUCUUCAGAAUAACUUCACAACCUGCUCAUCACGCCGCGUCUCUGACAGGGUUUUCCCAGGACAUUGAGUCAAACCAGAAUCAGUGGUUUUGUACCAGAGGGGGUCAGAUCACGCUUGUUUGUACCUGUCUGUGUCUGCUAAUUCACAUCAGUGCGUCUGUCAGACUUGAUGACAGUUACCGGCCUGACAGCAGCUGAAUGACUGGAGGGAUUAAAUGUGACUUUAUAAGCCGAGUGUUUCUUUCAGCACCUCCUCCCUCCUCUCUGACGGUGUUAUGCCUACUCAUGUUCACAGCUGUGUCUGCUCUUCUGGUGAUACAAAGCUUUGACAGCAACAGAGUCGUGACUCAGAUCGGUGACUCACACCUGCACGCUGCAGCCAAUCAGCAGAGCCGUUUACCCGCCUGACAGCCAGGUGAAGUCGGCUUCUGGCGGAGAGUGAUGUGGCUUUGUGUGAGAAAGUUUUGAGGUGAGAGAGCAAACACAGAGUACUCACAUUUAUUAGGUUAAUGUGAACUGUAUUGAAUCUUCUGAUUUCCACCCCCUACAUUUGGGUUCUACCUUUCCUCCUUUUCUGACUGCAGUACCUGGACUUGCAAGAACCAUUUGCUCUGGAGCCCUUAAGGAUUUUUUGUACCAGCCAUUCAAUAGGGUGACCAUAUUCUGAAUCCCCAAAAAGAGGACUACUACAGGGGUUUUUCAGGUCGGGUUGAGUGCCAUUCUAAUUCAGUUAGUCCACACUACACAAGCUCAAAACUUCCGUACAAAACCCGGACAUUUGAAGGAUUUUAUAAACUCCCCCUAGACAAGGCCGGACAGCCCCCAAAAAAGAGGACCAGCCCGGGUAAAAGAGGACGUAUGGUCACCUUACCAUUUACUGAUGCUUUACCGAAGUUCAAAACAUGAUCUUCAACCUAAAGUUGAAACAAAACAUGACUCACCUGAGUUCUGUGAGUCAUGAAACCUGUUGAUAGUAAGUUUAGCGUCUAUGUAAACAGGUUCAAACAGCCACACACCCUGUUGAUCUGAAGGAUGUUGGCCUAUUUCAUGACAUGCAACAAGAUUCCCUGCAGAGAAAAGGACUAAAUUGACCAGCUGGGAGUCAUAUCUACCUGUGAUAUUUCACCUGUCACUGCUGCUGGUUGAGUCUCAAAUCACUUAAAAGUAAGGUUGCGAAUAUCCUGUAAUGCAAACAGCGGUAUGUGGCGACCAAAGACUGUAUAUACUACGGACAACUUGGUUACAGUAUACGGAUUUGAAGCCGGAAAGCUCUCGGUAAUUCCACGAUUUAUGUGUACUUCAUGAAACCAACAUUGGCAGUAGCAUCGUGAAGACGCUCGGCUCAGACUACACAAUCUUCGUACGCCCAUAGGCUGUAUCAAGUGUCAAUCAUCAAAAUAUGAGCCCCCUAAUAACUUUUAAAAACUGAGCUUCACAGAAAAAAGAGGACUUGAGCACAAACCAGUCUUACAAUAACUACAUGUCAGCAUCACAACCAGGGGGGAGAAAAAACUAUAUUCUGUGUAAUAAAUUUUUUUAGUUUGUCCACAGCUCCAUAUGGAUUGCUGGAGGAGGCGGGAUUUAUGACCUUUACUGCAGCCCAUCACCAGAGGGUGCUCUUCUCAGGGUGGCUUCACCCGGCAAGGAGGCAGAUGGCGUCCACUUUAUAUACAGUCCUGGUCUGGAUCAGUGUACAGUGAGGUAGCCCUGCAAAGCUCCAACAUGCAGACAGCAGAGGAGCAGGUGAAAGAAGCUUAACCACAUCAUUUUGGUGGUGCAAACAUUAAAGGUGGUGAUUUGGUUAAAAGUAAGUUUCCUUCUUGGCUAUUAGCUUCUGAGUUAAUGCAUGUAAACAAAUCUGGACUUUUUUUUGAAUUUUCCCUGCAGGCUGACAGAAAAGUCUUGAUCAAAAUUUGUCGUCAAUCCCCUUGGAAUAAGUUGAGGAACCUUCAAGAGUUUCAUAUCUGUGUGGAAGGGACUCUGGUGUCUCACGUGGCAGCCGGUCCAAGUAGCUUUGUGGUCUAAACCAAACCCAAAGUGUGUCACAGUUUGGUUAUGUUCAGGAACCAAAACUUCUUUCUCUGGGAUAGAAAAAAAGAGGGACAUGUUUCCUCUGUUCUUUUCGUCUCCAGCUGUUUGCAAUCAGGCGGUUGAGUCAAACUUAACCUUGACUCUCAGCGAUGAUGGUUAGACGUGUUAAAAUGAAACCAGACAGACUUUUCCUUUAAGCCCCGCUGUUUCACUUUCUGUGGCCGGAGGAUUUUUCCAUCACUUACGUCAGCACCGAGAGGAAACCUUUGAAUAAGCUGACUGACUAAUAAAGGAGGAUUGUCCAUUAAAAGAGAAAAAUCCCACAAUCUUGCAACUUUUCUGCACAGAUUAUUUCCUCUUUUUUUCUUUAAAACUGUGUCUGUGUAUCAGGCUCUGAAAGAAAACCCUCAGUCUUUUAUUCCCUGUGAAUGUCUCCCUGCAGGUCAGCUGGGGCUGCAGGACAAAGAGGUGUUUGUGUCCUUACCUGGAGUUUUGUCCUGCGUGGCAGAGCUGAUCCAGAGGAGCAAACAGGCCCAGGUGAGUAUCGCUGACAUGAUUUCCUUUCACUUUAACACGUUUAUGAUGCACAGCUUCACAUGCAGGCAGGCACGUCUUCACUCCAUGAUUCCUCCUCCACCACGUUGACACAAGGCGAGGAUUUUCCAAUUUUUUUUCCCCCUGCAGGUUAUCCUUCGGAUCUCCCUGGGUGGCUUUCGUCACACACUUAAAAACACACACACAAAAACACACACAGAUGCACGGAAAAGGAGAAGAAAAAUCAUAAUUAGAGACACAUUCCUGCUAAAAUCAACUACAGCGUAAAGCAUGACAUGUGCAGCCACGUGAGGACGGUCCAGGUUUGAUCUUGUGAUGAGUUAUGAGGAUUCGUCCCCCUUCGCUCCUAAACCUCCUUCAAAAGAAAGAAUAAAAGUCAGAUUUACAGCUGCACUCAUUCAUGCUCCUCUUAUCCUUCACAUCGAGCCCUUUCCUUUUAUCUCUGGAGUGCCGUGAUAAGCCAAAAGAAAGAGGAAACAUCUUUUCACGCACAAUACAAACCUGUCACGUUAUCUCCACACUAUCAGCGCUCUUCAAAACAAACACAGCUGAACUUGGACGGAUAUAUCAAAGAUUAGGAGAUCGUGCUAAAGACUCACAGGAGAGGAAGGAGAGGACUUUAACACGGAUGAGCUGGAGAGAAAAAUCCUUCUAAAGGAGCAUGUUAUCUUUUAUUUACUGUUGAUGCCUUUGCACCGGUUUGUUUUUCCAAAUAACUACUUUCCUUAACAAAAGAAAAGACUUUUGUUUCAGCUCUCAUUUUCUAAUAAAACAAGUUUCUGCGUUUGUAAAGAGAUGAAGCCUUAGGAAAUAACACAAAUAUGCAAGAUCCUAAACAAAAUCAAGAUAAGUCCUUUUUCAUUUCUAUCCUACUGCAAAAAAAAUCCUCACAAUUAAUAUUUGAGUAUCACUUAAGGUCAGGUAAGGGAGUUUUAGCUCUUCAGUACAGUUAAUCUCUCUGUUCUGGGCAUUAAAACAACAAAACAACAACUAUAUGCUGACACUUUAACUUCUUAUAACUUUUUAUCACCUUAUUCUUUUAAAAUCACACCAGUAAGAUCUCUUCGACCUCUUUAGUCCCUCAUUAUCCUGCUCAGAUGAGUUUGCUUCACACCAAAACAGACAGAAAUAAAGAACAAGAAAAGACAACAUCAAAGUUCAUUCAAAUGUCGCGCUGGUAACUCCCUACAAACAAGGACACCCUUUGACAUUCAUAUCAGUAUUAAUGACAGUUUUAUGAAGGUGAUUAGUGUAACUCUGGAGGAUAACUCUGUCACUUCAGAAACACUCCCUUCUUAUCUGAAACACGUCUAAAGGUGAGCAUGAACAAGUGUGAGGAAAUGCUGUCAUUUGUCACUUUAGAUUUUUGCAGAAACACGAUACUCCCUCUGCUCCUAACACACUUUCUCAACUCUUAUUGUAACGAUCAGCGACUUCAAUGGAGGCCAUUAUCAGACCGACAAAAGCCUCUUGACCUGCAGACCGAGUUUAUCCGACACUUAAAGGUCUGUAUGUGAAGGGAGGGAGUCGGCGUGACGCCCCCUCCUCCUGACAGCAUGACUGCAGAGAUUUAAAGUAUUUUCUAACAUCCUGUAAGUGAACCGAAUAAGCAGUAAUAUCAGUUCAAUCACAUCAUUUCAGUCACAGAUACGGACGCUAACUCAGAAUAAUCUCCACUUUGUUGAUCAAGAUAACACCAGACUAAGACGGGACAUCCAAACAGCAAUCCUGGUUUUGCACCGACACUCGCUCAUCGCAUGUCUAGUUUCAAGUUCUGUCAAACAUCAGAUCCAGAUGGGAUUCAGAGACAGGUGGUCGAUCAUAACAGCGCUGUAUUAAGUUAUUAAGGUGUAUAGAUUGACCCUGUCCUCUGAGUGGACCGAAAACAUGCAGCAAAUUGUGCCUCACUGCAAAACAGAGCCAUAAGAUACCCCCACUGUGGGUGUCAAGUAUUCAGGCCUCUGCCCCUCUUCACUCCACACAUGCUCUUACCUAAUUUACAACAGAUAUAAUCCCAUUUAAAGGUACAGUGUGUGGCUUUUUACCAGAACAGACAAGGCAGAAAUUAAAAGAUAUGUUUGUAUUUGUUGAGUGAAAUCGAAGGUGUUAUAUCAGAAUGUCCUUCUAUAGUAGCUCAAAACGAACAAACUUAAAAUGCACAUUUUUGUUUUCAGUGAGCUGCACAAAAACGAACAUGAAGAAGAAGAAGCGUCUUGUUGCUGCUACUUACAUGUCUCUGAUUGAUUAUGGUGAUGUUUUAUAUGUUUUAUACAUGCAUGCAUCUGCUCCAAGCCUUAAAUCGUUGAAUACUGUUUAUCACAGAGCUCUGAGGUUCAUAACAAACCUCAAGGCUUUAUCUCAUCAUUGUACCCUGUAUGAACAAGUUGGAUGGCCCUCUCUAACUAGACUGAACCAUUGGCACACCCUCAUUUACAAGGCUACACUUGGCCUGCUUCAACCAAACUUCAGUAACUGUAUUCAUGAUAAAAGUUCUGGAAGCUCGAGCCUUCGUCCUGCGACUCAGACUCAAAAUCUACUUCUGCUUUCUGUCCCCAAAGUUCGUCUUGGAAUGAGCAAAAUAAGUUUCAGAUAUGCUGCUAGAUAGAGCUGGUCUCUCUAAAUCUUUUUUAAUGUAGAGUAAAGGCCCUAGAGGAAGAUGAAGCAGGCUGUAAGUGCUUUGACUGAAAAUGAUCUGCUCUGCGACUUCGACUGACCUGGUUAUUGUCUGUAUAUGUCUGUAACUUUGUUAAAGUACUGCUGCCUGUCUUGGCCAGGACACUCUUGCAAAUUAGAUUUUUUUUUUUUAUAUCUCAACAAGGUUUUUUUCUGGUUAAAUAAAGUUUCAAGAGAAAGAGGAGGUUUGUCGUCAUGCAUCACAGGAGCUUCUUGUCCCCAAAAGGCCACCAUAACUUCACAGACUAGAGAGGUGAGCAGGGGGGCAUUUCAACCCAGAAUCUGAUGUUUUCUGGAGCUUCAUGUAAAUUCUCCAUCAGCUCUGACUGAUCCAUUCUCAUACCAUUGGAGCUCAGAGUCUUGACCAAAGGUACUUCAACAUGUGACUGUAGGAUGUGGGACCAAACCACAACCCUCUAAUGACUGAUGACCCACUCUACCACAGGACCAGUAUCUCCCAGCUCCAACAACAUAUUGGGAUUUCUCAUAUGUCAGAGAACGACUGGACUGUAAAUCUUGAAAGAAACAAAUCUAAAAUCCCAGACAUGACCAACAGAACAUAAAUGUUUGCCUGUUCUUACAUGUUUUGCAUGCAGACAGCCAUCGCAUCGAUCUGCAUGUUAUUGAAAACUUUAUGUACCACAAGCAAAGUUUUGUAAAGUUUCCUCCACACAGAAGAGCUCCAGGAAACAAAAAACAGGCAGAUUCUCUCCGUCUUAAGAAAAGCAUAUUGUUUCAAUAAAAAGAUAUUAAGGUUUGCCCUCUGACCCUGUUUGCUCUUUGAGUUUAACUCAAAACAGCUGCACUUCACUUCGUCUGGGAGCAAUUGUCUCUCAGGUUUGUGUAAAAGCAGCUGAAUGAAUGAAAGAAGUUCACAAGUUUUUUUUUCCAGUUUCAAGCUCAAUCAUGACGACACAAAAUGUAACUGUAAAUGUUAAAAACAGUCUUAUCCAGUCUUGCAGAUUCAUUUAAGUCACUUUAACUCAGAAAAAAUCUACCUGAAUAUUAGAAAACCUCAGAUAUCUACAGUUAUACACAAAAAAGUUUAAACUUAGUACUCACAGAAGUUUCAGGUCAUCAGAUGUUAAACCUUUUUGGUAAAUUAACGUCCACUCUGUCUAGUCCCGUGGUGGCUCACGGAGCUGUGAGUGCGCUGAAAUGAGCUCCAUCUGUCAGUGACAUGCCGGGAAACGUGCGUGAAAGCUGAGAAAACACUCAGAGUGACUCAGAUGAAACCCAGGAGAAAGAGGAAGAAGAGAGGAGUCCGAGUCCAGGCUGCCUCCUGAGGCUGAGUGUGAGCUUGACUGGAUCAACAGGUUAUUUAGAGAAUAGGCAGCACACACACACACACACAAACACACACAUUGUAGGAAGGGUAAGGCUGCUUCCAAACAGACACACACACACACACACACACCCUCUGAGUGGGUGGAGUUUGGUUGUGAUUGGCAAACUCUCUUUAACACACACAGAAGACCCUCCAUAGACUAAGUCAGUGUUCGGUCUGCAGCUCCAUCAAAUGUCAGCGGGGUUUGCUUUCAAAGAGCAGAGCUGUUUUCGUUCCCGCCGUGGACCACGAGCAAUGAUCUGUAUGUCAGACAGGCAACAGGGAGGCUGACACACACCUGCUCACACACACACCUCACACAUAUACAAAAGGACUCUCAUGUAGCACACAGGGUAAACCUGGCUGCACAUUAAAUGUUAAAGUUCUGUCUUUAAAUGUCAGGAGGCGAGACUGGAUUUGCUUUGUGUCCUCUUUUGGUCGUUCUCUGGCAUCAGACGGGAUUUUAAAUCAGGUUAAAAAGUGAAAAACUGUUAAAUCAGUCUUUGGUUUCUCUCUGAAAUGAGAUACAGAAGGUUGCAACAUGCCUCCUUUCAGCUCAGGAGCACUGGAUCGUCUCCUGGUCGAUGUGUUACGUACCAAAACAAUCGACAAACGCAUCAACAAGUGGUCACAUGUGGAUGUACAUCGAAGAAUGAAAACACUGCAAUUUUCACAGCUCUGUCGCUUUUGUACAAACUAGACGACAGCUUUGUCUAUUUUCAGACACAUUUAUGAUGUUUAACUUCCAGGUCAAAGCCUGGCGUGCAAACUUUUGAGCAUCUCACUGAGUAAUAGACGACUAUUAGACUUCUAAUUUCAACUGUCUAGAUUCUGUAUAUUUUUAGACAGAAUUUAGACGUUCCACUUUAUUCCAAAAAGCAACUGUGAGUUAUAACUAAUCUCCAAGUUCUUAACCAAAAUAAUUAUGAUAGUCGUUGAGCAAUAAACAGUGUAGUUUAGAUAUGGCCCAGAUUUAGAUUUAGUCUAAAUUUAUUUAGACAUCUAAACAAAGCGUUCCUUUUUAGACCUGUGGUAGCCUGAUUUUAGACCAGUCGUCGAGGCUACAUUUAGACGUCUAUUAGACCUCUUUUAGACCAGAAAAUACUCAGUGGGAUGUGUGGAACAUUUCAAUCAAUUUCAGUCCAAAAUCCCAAAAGCGUGGUCACACUUUGAGGUUUGAUUUAGUGAGAUUUUAGUCAGAUUCACGUGUUUAAAUGUAUUUUUAAGGUCUGCUAUCAGUCGGUCUAAGGAAUUAAAUCCAUAUCUUUGACUGAAAUGUAAACAUACUGAUGUCAUUUCUUUAUUUGUUUAUUCAUUUGGAUCCCCAUUAGCUCUUACCUAAGUAGCAGCUACUCUUCCUGGGGUCCACAAGAAGACAUUAAACAUCCGUAUACAUUAAAAUGAUAAAAGUCCAAACAGGAGAAUUAAACAAGAUGUUAAAAUCAUAACUAAAACAAGAUGAUGAUGACAUUAGAUUUCCAAUCACAACAAACACCAAUAAAGGCCAAAUUAAAUGUACUAAUCAAUCAAAAUCCCAUUGGCAUGUAUUGUAUGUUGUCACAGCCUAGUCGAGGUGUUCUGUUUCUUAUUUCAGCGAGUCUGGAUCAUUAGAUAUUAGUAUACCUCCUUUUUAAACACACGUUUACUGGUUAACCUUGUAAUAACAGAAGGAAGACUAUUCCGUACUUUCAUACCUCUGAACAUGACAGUACGCUGUCCAGAGUUCGUACUGGUGAGUGGAAGUGUGAAAUAACCAUUUGAUUCAUGCCUUGUGUUGAAAUUAUGACCAUUAUGACUGAAGAGCAAUUGAUUAAACAAAACAUUUGGCCUUUUAGACAGUAAAACUAUUUAUCCUUACAUAAAUAAAAUAAUUUCUCCCCAUGAGAAAUACAUUUCAAAAUUAGAAUAGUGAAUAAACAUCCACGACAACGCUGGAAAUUAAGUGUCUCACACUCAAAGGUUACUAUGCAGGACCUCCAGACCCAUCCAUCCAUCCAUCCAUUAUCUGUGCUGCUUAUCCCGUUCAGGGUCACAUGAGGUCUGGACCGUAUCCCAGCUGUCAUGAGGCGAGGGGCUGGGUACACCCUGAACAGAUCACCGUGGUUUAAAUGUAGAGACGAUCAUCUUUACAUGAACAAACAAACAAACCAACCACAGGGUGAUUCAGUCUACAACAACCUGACGAGGGGGUCCUCCCAGGGGUUCAAACCAGUAACCCUCUGGCUGCUGCUAAUAAUAAUAAUAAUAAGAAGAAGAGAGCGGUGAUUGUGCAGAAUUGAAUCUUUACUGAUACGUGUUUUUGCAAACGGAGGAUCUUCCUUAUCGUGCAUCACAGAAACUAUUAGGCUUCAAAGUAACCUUGUGACUGAUUAUCUGAUCACAUGAUUUCUGUUUUCACUCAAACAUUCAGCCUAAUAAAACUUUGAGUGUUUUAGUUUCGUUUAGCUGCAGACACCUUCUUCAAACCAAAUUACCACCUCAGAUUAGACUGGAUUGUCCAAGAUUAUGGUUGAUGAUUUGCUCCUAAACCUUAAUAAUUACAAAUGACACACAUUUUUUAAAAGGCGAGUGUAAUAAGGAGGUAUUAUGGAUGAAUGUAAGCAAAUAUAAACCUGUUUACUGAUGAUUUAACACGUGAUCUUUCAGAUAAAGACAUAAAUGCUGAUGUUGUGUUUGUGUUGAUCUUAAAUUUCCUGAUCCCUGAGCUACUUUGAAUCUUGUACCGUUCAGAUCACCUCGUUUUAGCCCCUCUGACCGAUAAUCUGAGCUGAAGAGGAGAAAUUCUUCCAAACUUCUUGGGCAUAUAAACUGCACAGAUGAAACAUGUACUGAGGACAGACUGCAUGUGUGUUUGCACGUUGCUGCAUGUAUUUAAUUUGUACUUGUUCAGACUUGAUCGAUCGAUGAGCGUGUUUGUAAGAGUGUCAGAGAGAUUAUGAGCUCCGUAGGUGUAAACUGAGGAAGCUUUGGAUGAUUCUGGAUUAAACUGAUACGACACAGAUCAGACCCUGACAAAUCUUGACGACCUUUUGUAGUUUGAGCGUCUUGGAAACCCUUGAUUCAUUUUUCCCUCACCCUCGGAGUGAAGGUGUGCGCUCACCUCACAUAAUCACACCAGGUGCCUGUUUUUUUAUUGUCCUGCUGAGAAAAUCCUGAUUACUGAUGGCUUUGUGUGUGUGUGUGUGUGUGUGUGUGUGUGUGACUGUUUGUAGGUUAGUAAAAGAUUGCUGCGGCUGCAGAUAAGAGGAUUAGGGUGGAAUUAGUGUCAUUCCUCUAUCGCUGCGAAGAAUAGAUUCAUAUCGAUUUUAAUCAGAGAGGGGAAAGAUGCCGAAAACAGCAGAUGAAGAGGACAGGAGCAGACUGUGACAGGUGGACUGGAUGAAGCUGAAGAGAGGCGGCAAAGAAAGCAGAAGAUUCCUGGAGAUCAUCGCAGACAGGAUGUUCAGGAGGUCACCGAGGAGCUGCGCAGACAUCUGCCGCAGAAAUAUUUGCAUGUAGAAACACAAACACAUGCAUUUAAGGGAACAUUUCAGAGCACCACUCAUGCAUUCGCCUUGUCCGGAAGUUUUUCCAACUCUCAGGAUCUCUCUGCUCGAGGAAACUUCCACCUGCUGCGGGAUGUUUGACCAAAACCACCAGAGUUAGUCUGCAGAGACCUGGAGCUGGGAGCGGGAGCUGGUGGCUCACUGUGGCUGGGAUGCUGCCGUCGUGUGAGUGGCGGCGGGGAAACCUGUGAGACAUGAGGGCGGACGUGCUGACCUGCAUCGCUCUGGCUGCAGCGAGCCUCGUCGUGAUGGUGGCGUGCAGCCGCAGCUCCGGACGCAGGAAGAACAAGGAGGUCUUUCUGGGAGAGAACAGCAAGUUCAAGUUUGGAGGGUGAGACACAGACGGAGAGUUUGGUCCUGAUGGAAGAAAGGCUGUGUUGUGUUGUAAAGAUGUUUAUUUGUUCUUGGAUGAUUGGAUACUAAAGGUUUUUUGUUAUGUUGACCAAAUGUAGAAGAAGAAGAAGAUUAUCUUGGCGUCCCAACUCAGCUUAAGGUUUUCCAGGUCACCUUUUUCUUCUUCUUUCUUUCUUCGUCAGUGUUUGUUUAGGAUGAUACUGCCAAACAAACGAGUCUCUUGACUUUUACAACAAACACGACCUUCAAGUUUUAAACAUUUUAUCACCUGGUUUCAAUACUCAAAUCCCAGGGAUGUAAAAUACUUGAUUCCAAUUCAUCACCAUAAAAACAAAACGUCAAUCCAUGUAAAUGAGUCCUCUCUUUUCCACUCUGCCUGUUGAAGCUGUGGCAAAAAGGUCAGUUUGGCAUCGAAAGACGACAUGGAAGUUACGAUCAUUACUCUCAAUUUUAAAAACUUUGGAUUCGAGGUGAUUGGCUAAUCCGUCACAAGCAGAGAAAAUAAGAAAUGAGGGAAAUAAACAGAAACUUAAAACACAGGAUCUGAGUAAGUCUGGUCCAUCUUCUUCUUGACCUUUUACAUCACAGACCAAAACAAUCGAUAAACAUGAUUGUAUGUCGAGCAGUGAAAGUACAGAGAACUUUACGGCACUGUAACUUUACUACGUAUACAACAGCGGCUUUAUCUUUUGUAAUCCACCUUCCACCUUCCACUUCUUCUUCUUCUUCUUCUUCUUCAAAGCCUGACAUGCAAACUAUGGAGCGUGCCUUGACCAGUUUGAGUCUUAUUGGGGCAAAAGGAAAUCGAUCCCCAACGGCAUUAUCUUUGUUUAAUUGAGUGUGACUUUUCUUGUACUAAUGUGUUUAAGUGCGCUUUAAAAGUUCAGUUUCAAUCCGACUAAUGUGGGAAAUGGAUUUUUUGGACAACAUGUAAACGUAGAGUGACGACUUGGGGAAGCAGGACAUGAGAAGUCAUAACAAGAGAGGAAAAAUGAGGAUGAUGGGAACAUCAAAACUGAUCACAACUCAAAUUGAUAUUGGCUGACCGUCCACUAAAAAAGCGAUAACAUCAGUGAAACAUGAACUAAUGUUUAAUAAAUUCAGAGUUAGCUGGAAGUUACACAUCCAUGUUUGAGAAUGCCAAAAGACUGAGUCAUUUCUUAGGAAAUGUGAACUAAUACACACGAAUCCCUAUUCAAAGGCAGGGUCAGAGUUCGUCAUCGUAGGAGGUGACUGAAGUCUGCGGCACAGAUCAUAAUCAGGUUUGAACGUCAGUCUUUCAGGAUGUUCUGUCCUGUGAUCUCUGAGUGAACUCCUGCUGAUCCAGUCUCUCAUGGUUUGAUCCUUUUCACUUCUCUUUUCUUCAGAAAACCCUCAGCGCCCGGCUGUGAAUUCCCCUUUUUUACACUUUUUAUUUUCUUCCAAAUUAGACAUUACAGGUUAAAAAGUGACUGUUUAUGUCUGCAGUAUUUCAACUUAAAAUUAUCUUUUAUGCUUCCCGUGAGGUUAUUUGAUCUGCGAGCUCACUGCAGUAAAGUUCCUCUGAAUGUGGGUUAAAAUGGAAAAAGGGUCUUUUUCAUUGACUCUGCUGUGUUUAUUGCUCACAGCAGACGACCGACCACGGCAAGCUUUCAGCUGCUGGCACUGAGAGUUUAUUCCGUAGACGGUUUUUACUCGUCUGGCAGCGGAGAAGCCACAGAAAGCUCUCAGAUGCCGCCGUUUAAAGGAUUCAGCGAGUUUGGAAUCUCUGACAAGUUGUGUUUGGGUGUAAAACCACCUCAUGGAUCUCUUAUAAAAGACCUCAGUGAUCAUUUUUACCCCAACAGGACUGAACAUUUUCAACCUCAGACAAACUUUUAUUUGACAACAAGAAUAACUCAAAACUCAGAGUCGUAAAUUAUAUUUGAAAAUCAAGAUACUUAACAAAAGAGCCAAUCCAGACCAAACUGUUUACAAAGACCAAAGAUAGGAUCAGACUGAGACCCAUCCUGGGAGAUCAGACCCACUCCAAUGAUCUGAUUUUCGUGAAACACUUCAGUGACUAGUUUCACUUUUAUGACUGGAUUAGUUGUCUUUAAUUAAUAUUUAUUGGUGUAAAUGAGGUUGAAAUAAUUUGAAAACCACUAAAUUAUGUUCUUAUCAACAGUUUUCAUGCCGUCCUUCCUCCUUUCGAAUUUCUGCAGUGAACUAAAAAAAACACAGGAUUUUUAAGAUGAAAGUGUGACUUUUAUUUGGAUAAAAGGAGGCAUCGGUUUGGUAAAUUUAAACUUAAUUAUGACUAAAGAAAAAACUUCUAAAGUCUGUUUUCAGGGUCAAGGUUUGUCCUAAAAUUUGAUUCGUUCGUGGGAUUGUUGUGUUUGUUUCAAGGUUAAUUUAAGGGAUUAUGGAGAUGGGAUUUGGCUCGAGUUCGCUGACCGACCUCACAAUGAUUGGAACCAAAUGUGUCCAAAUGUGUGCGCACGACUGUGUGUGUGUGUGUGUCCCAGGUUGUUUGCGUUAAGGUGUGUGACUUUCAAAGAGGCUUUUCAUCUGCGAGGGGAGAAAAUCUCCAACAGCUUUUAUCUCUUUUUCAAUUGUGUGCUCACCUGUACGCAGUGUGUGUGUGUGUGUGUGUGUUUACUCCCUCUAAAUACACACACACACACACGUACUCACACACACACUGCUAUAGAGAGGAAGCCAUGCUGAGGCUGUAAUUACACCUUUUACAUCCUGACCCUCAUCUGGCCGGGGUUUCCCUGGUUAAAUGUCAGACAUACGUGGUGUUUCUUUUAUGCUUUGUUUAAAUGUUUUCUUUACUUUUCCUGAAACCAUCAUACUGAGAAAAACUCAAUAUGAAGUUUACAUUUUCUUUAUGACACAUUUCAAGACUCUAACCUACGUCACAGGGUUGAGUUUGACAUUUCAUUCCCGCCACAAGGCUCCCUGCGAUCGUAACAGGUGGAAAACAAAACAUCAGAGCUGUAUAUAAUUACAGUCAAAUAUAGAUUACCGUCUGAAAAUACCCUUCAUUUAGUAGAUUAAUGUCCUCAAAGAGGGAAUUUGUGAAGAGCACAGGCAUGCUAACUGGUGUUUACUAUUUGAGAAAAAAAUGUGAAUCUUUCCUUUAACAAAAAAAAAAAAGAAGUGUGUUUAUUUUCCCCAAAAUCAUAUCAAACAAUGUUUUGAGAAAUAAUUAAUAAUUGUGAAAUAUUUAAUCUAUUUGAAAUGCAGUAAACUAAUCAAUAAAAAUAGUUUUCAGGAAUCAAAAGAAGUGAAAUUCAGAUUAAGUUUUAAUCAUGUUAAGCUUUUCGGAUUCAUUUUGUUGUGUGAUGAUACACAGAAACAGUUAAAAGCUUUAAAAUUAAGAUUCGGGAAGAAAUGGCUGAUGGGAAAUGUAGUUUAAAGUAAAAUGAUCUGCAUGUAUUGACACGCACCUACAGCAGCCGGUUCUGCAAAAGCACUGAGUGUUGUUUUUGUGCAGGAUAGAAAACUUGUACAUGUGUACGCAUGUAUGUUUGUAUGUGGAGCCGUCCCACUCUGGUUCUGGUUCUGGUUUUGGCAGGAUAAGAGAGAGCGGGUGAGGACAGAGACACAAAACCACAGACUGUGUUUUCUCUAAUCAAAACAAGUAAUUACAUCCAUAAUAAAGCAACUAAUCACGCAACAAUCUGUCCGUCUGUCUGUCAUCUGUGUGUGUGUGUGUGUGUGUGUGUGUGUGUGUGUGUGUGUGUGUGUGUGUGUGUGUGUGUGUGUAUGUAUGUCUGUUGUCUGCAGACGUAUUGACUACAAACUGAAGAGGCAGGACAGCACCAAAACGCUGCUGAUAAAAAGUGAACAGCUGCUGAGGAUCGAGGAGCACGACUUCGCCAUGAGACCAGGCUUUGGAGGUCAGAAAAACACGCAAUCACAUUUAAGAGUGUUUGUUUUUGUACACGACCGGGGACCCUCGCUGUGAAGCUGUCACUGCUGUAACCAAAACAAACACUGCUUACUCAGUCUCAACACAACCCCCACCCCACAUUUAAUCUAAAACAAACCCUAAAAUUUAACUUUGGAGUCAAAUCUUGAAGCGUCACAUGAAAUGAUUUAAGUUUUGUUUCCUCAGUGCCCCCUGUGGCUGUUAAAGGGAAUUGCAGGUGAAAAAAAAAGGUUCUAGCCAAUGGGUUUGAUCGUUUCUCUGCAUUAGAAACCUUUCUUUUUCAUCUUAUUGGUACUUUUAGUCUUUCUUUUGCCGGUUUGGGCAUUUGAUAUUUAUUGUUUUAGUCUGGUAGUCAUUGAGAAGCAGCCUUAAUUUACAAAGGUUUGCCUAGAGAAGUUUUAAGGCAGCUUGUAGAUUGUGAAUUGCACUCAGAAGGGAAGAUGACAAGUUGUACAUACCAUAUUUUUUGGACUAUAAGGCGCACCCAAAAAUUGACAAUGUGCCUUAUAAUCCAGCGCGCUUUAUGUGUGAGUAUUUGUUGUUGCAAUAAUGUUUUCAUUUAGCAAAACUGUGCUCAAGCUGCUGAAAUGUCCUCACAGUGUCAAAAUGUCCUUUAAUCAUUAAGAAAAAUGUUCCUCACAAUACAAGGGUACUUCACUGUGUAAAGACAUCCUCGUAAAACAAAGUGUCCCCACUUGUGUCAAUUCAAAACCUAAAUUGGCCCCCACAUAGCUAGAAACACGAGUACUCUCACACAGGCGCCACACCUAAUUUCAUCACACUCCCCUGAUGAUUUAAUUCCCUCCUUCACUCCGUCCAUCAGAGAAAAUUACUCUCGGUCCCGCACUGAUGAUGUUUACAGGCCGGUUUGAUGAUCAGCACUGGGUCACCCAGACAACGGAUGUGUCAAUCCCAAAUCACAAACUCUGACCCAGAUUACAGCAUUGUGUGUCGGCACGGGAGUGUGUGUGUGUGUGUGUGUGUGUGUGUGUGUGUGUGUGUGUGUGUGUGUGUUGGCAUUAAUGCAUUUGAAUACAUUAGGACUCAGUGUGCUCAUUCAGAAGUGAUUGUGUGUCCUUGUGUGUGUUUUGGCAGUAUAACGAAUGCCUGUCUGUGAGUGUAUGUUUGUCUGUGUGUGCGUAUGUGUGUGUGUGUGAGUUGCAGGGGUUUGUUGGCAUUAAUCUGGAUUAUAUUCCAGGUCUGGAGCAGAUGGAGGGGUGGGAAAUAAACUGACGUCUGCAAUGAAGAUCAUCGGUAUCAAACGCACAAUAAUAGAUGUAUUCAGACACUCAUUUCAUGCAGACACAUGAUGCAGAACGUCGACUGAUUUGAGGAUUAAAAUAAUAUCAUUUUAUAAACCAAAAGCUCCUGAGGAGAUAAAUCCCGUGGAGCUUUAAGCGUCUCUGUGCUCACAGCAGAAGGUGUGAAGUUGUCGAGUGUGUUUAAGUCGAUAUUACAGGAUUCAGAAGCUUAUUUAUACAAAUGUAAUAACUAGGUAUUUGACUUUAUUUAAUGUAGAAGGUAAACUAUGCUGUUUCUGAAGCUAACCCUUAUUUAUAGUCCAGACAACAAACAUGCUAGUCGUAGCUGUCGCUCCUUUUUCUAGUUUAUCUCAACAAAAAAAUAUUGACUGUAAUUUUUUCCCCUUCAUUUUUAUUUCACAAGGUUCAAUUUGUCAUUAUAAAGCAGCUGCAGUGAUGGUGACAUACUUUUAUUUCCUUGUAUCAUGUAGAGACCAAACAUUAAUCCACAGCGAGAAAGUACUUAGCAACAUCGUCCAAAGCCUCCUUUUAACAGGCAGAAUCCUCAAGCAGAACCAGACACACGUUAAACAUCCAUCCGCCCAAGAUUUAUAAAAUGUUUGAACUUUACGCCAGCAAAAAAUACUCUUUAAACACUUUUUAAAUCACUGGAAAGAUAUCGAAGACACUUUUGUUUGUUUUUUCUAGAGGUCUUUUCAGUCUAAAACUAGAUAAUUAGUCGUAAACAGCUCAGAGUCGUGCUUCUACCUUCACUGUGUUCUUGCUGCGUCAUGUUACAGUCCAAGCUUGUCCUGGUCUCAAAUUUGUAAGACCACCUUGUCUUGUUUUCAUGGGGCCCCUGUGUUUCAACCCCUGCAGAGCUCUAAUUUCUGCCCACUCAGCUAUGAAAGGAUUCGGUAGGCGAAACCAGCGCUGACUGUGGGUAUAAACAGGAAUUCAGAGUGUGGUUGGAAGUUUGGGCUCUAGAUUAGUGAUCCUGAUUUAAGAGGUUUUUAGCCUCAUUAUCGGCACAACCACAGGAGGAUGUAUGUCCAAAGUUUGUAAACAAGACUGGAUCUUUAAAGUUUUUAUCCAAACUUUAGUCUAGGCUUUGACUCCGCUUUGGUCUGGAAACUCUAGAAAAAGGAGUUUAUUUGCACUUCUUACAACUUACUGUUUGAAUUCAUUGUGCAUCUUGUUUCGUCAUGUGUGUAAUUGCAACAGUUUCAGUUUGAGCAGUCAGUGUGGUUGUUUGCUGCCUUCCCUUUCUCAUGAUUUAUUUUGUUUUUCUGAUCAGCAGAUUGAAAGAUGAUACAACAUUUACUCACAGCCAGCCAUGUUUCAUACACUCAUUUUUGGUUCCUUAAUCUAAAUCUACAGAGUGUCCAAUUUUAAAAGUUGGUGUUGAAAUCAUGUGGAUUAAAAAGCAGAAAUUACCUCAGUAAAUUUAUAAAGUAGAAGUUAGAAAUAGCAGGUUUUUGAUCAUUAUACACCUUGGAGUAGUGGCGGUUGAUAUGCCUCUGUUAGGUCUCAGCUUCAUUGUAACUAGUGAGUUACACAGAGGCUUCAGUCUGGACCCUGAAAUAGGCAUCUGGAUAAUAAACAGUAAUUUUUCGGUUAGUUAGAGCCUGCUGCUCUGUUUCUGCUUAGUCUUCAUUUAAGCGAAGAAAGUUAGUUAUGCAGAGGCUUCACGUUUGUUUAUCUAAGUCAAAGGAACCUGAAAUAGGGUUUUAAAAGUAAUUUUUUGGUUUAUUUCAGCCUAUUCUUAAGUUUUAAGUGAGUCUCAGCUUCACUGUAAACAAUAAGUUACAUAUAGGCUUUACUCUGGUUUAUCAAAGUUAAAUGAACCUAAAAUAGCAUAUUUGGAUGGUCAGCAUUGACAUUUCUUGGUUCAUUUGAGCCUAUUGCUCUGUUUCUGGUGAGUCUCAGCUUCAUUGUAAAUAGUUACAAAGAGACUUGAUUCUGUUCGCUAUGGUCAACCCAAGUGAAAUGAACCUUUAAAAUCAUCUGGAAAAUAAACCUUUUAUAACUUGGUUUGUUUGUGCCUAUCUUUGUGUUCUCAGAGUCUCAGUUUUACUGUUAAUAUGAAGUCUCAGGGAUUUUACUGGAUACAGCAGCAGCAUGAGCCUGAAAAUACAUGUCAACAAAACAAAGACCAUUUAUGUGAGCCGUUUUCUCAGUUUCUGGUGAGUCUCAGUUUCAUUGUAUAUGGUGAGGUACAAAGAGGCUGUACAAACCCAAAACAUAACCCAAAAUGAGAACUUGGUAUCAUUGAGGUGGAUGGUAGUCUGCAGGCAUAUAUCAAAUCCAGUACUCGGACUACAAAUAGAAACCAGAACACCUUAAACUCUGUGAGUGCAGAUUAAUUGUUGUUGUGAUCGGUUGUGGUGGUGCUCGAUUUGAACAGUUGUGUGUUGGAGUGCACCUAUUCUCACUGUUUAAUUUGUGGCUCAUUUCCUCCAUCUAUGUUAGUCCAACCAUCAAUCCUAACCACCGCACCAUUAUAAAGCAUUCAAGCUAAAUAAAGCAGCAGCAAACGCUCCGAGUUCAGACCUCAAAGUUUGUGUUUCAGCACAGCUUUUAGGUAAAUGUCACGCACUCACAAACAGCUGACUCUGUCUCUGUCUCCUCAGUCUAUAUGGUUCGUUGGCAUCCAGUCUAUGUGGUCCUGCUUGUCAUUCAGGGUGGGGACGACAAAGCACCACUGUCUGCGGCAUUUCUACGGACUAUAAUUUAACAGAGAAGGAAAUCUCAGCUUUUUCCUCCGAUAAGCCUAUAGCUGCUGUGAAAGAGACCAAAAUCUCCACGGAUCAUAGAAUGACUCCGACUGUUUCUACAUUUAGGUCAGCUGCUAAACUUGAAUUUAUCUCCAUAAACUUCACAUCACACCACCCAUGUUUUGUAGUCUGACAUCCCGCUGCUAAAUGCAUGUAAGUGAUUAACUGGCGGUGUCUGGGCUCUGCUGGCGGCCUCAGGCAGCGGCGUGUUUUGUGACCUCACUUGGCCCAAGUUUUGGAUUACAAGCGUCAGCUCUCAUUGACAGUUUGAUGUCUACUAUGAAAAACUGGUUCAGUGAUGUGUAGAGUCGUCUUCAUGGAGGGUUUGUUUAUGACUUUGGUGUGAUAGGAAGUAAAUGCUCUCCUCAGACAAAGAAAAACAGGCAGCAAACAUGAAGUCCGUGAAAACGAUCCACCGACAGAAACACUUUCUCCAUGCUGGAGGACAGAGCAAUACACUGAGUAGCCAAAUACAACAGAGAAAGAGACAGACAUCAGCAUCUUCAGACGGUCUACCCCCGACUUCUGCAGCUAGGAGGGUCUCCUACAUCCACGUCCAGUAUCCAUUAAGAUCCACAAAAGUCAUACGAACUUGAUGAUUUGUCGUCAAUCCAUCUUACCACAUCAGAGCAGGGUUUAGGUUGAUGAUCCCAGAAAUAGGGAUUCAGGUCUUUUUAGUUUUCAAGUCUUUUGUGACUGAGUCUCCGAUACUGUCUGCUGCCACAGCGCUGUGCUGUUUGAUUCGAUGAUUUUCCAUUUCCAGUUGUGUUCACAUUUGAGCUAAAAUAACAUUUUAACUGGAGGUGCUGUUUCAGUGUCGUGGAUAUAUUUAGUUUAUUUACUGUUCUCUGAAAAUGUGCUUUAAAGGGAUAUUCUGGCAUAAAAUUAAUUUAGGGUCAAACACACCGUAACACUGAGUUAGAUGCCCCGUCGAGAGAUGAAUGUUGCCGACCGCUUGCUUCUCUAGUUAUACCAACUUUAGUAACGACUGCAGAUAGCAAUACAGAGAGCCACGCGCUCAACCAAAACACCACUCUAUAACCACAAAUAAUGCUCAGAACAGCACCUAACUUCAUCAACAGGACAUAUACGGUCCCAGUCGACAACACUUAUCUCUCGACGGGGUGUCUAACUCGGUGUUACGGUGUGUUUGACCCUAAAUUAAUUUACGCCGGAAUAUCCCUUUAACACUGACACCUCUGCUGUGUUUUUAAAGGCUCAGUGAAUCCAGGCUGCGUGUGUUUCGUCUAAAUACCUUUGGAUACCUCAGCCUGCUGUGAGUAAAGCUUUCAUUACAUUACUGUGAUUCAAGCCGAGCCGCUCUUCUUCCGCAUGGCUGGACUGAGUCAGUAUGGAUCCUGUAGGAGUCUGAUGCUCAUGUUCUCCAAAAGCCUCCUGGAAAAUCAGACUUUAAUCCCCCCUCUCCACCUCUUACCUCUCCUCCUCCUCCUCCUUUGAUUGGGAGUCAAAUCAAAACGCUUUGUAAACCUGCAGUGACCUUAAAGCUGCAUUAUGCUGCUUAUGACUGCAUGAAUUGAUCCAUCUGCUGCGCCGUGUUCACGGAUUAAACGACUCACAUUUUGGACCAAAAAAAAAAGACCUGAAAGCUCCAACAGGCAAGAUUUCUACGUGUUAUUAAAUCUGCAGCAGGUUGCUAACUGUGAUUUUGUAGAGUCACCCAAAGAGUCUGGAGCUGGAUUAUGUGGCUAGCAGGACAAUCUGUGCGCACACACAGGAAUGAAAAUGAUUACAGUUGGAGACAUAUGCACAAAAAAGGUCUUGGUAUUCAUGGUCAGAUCCCCUUCACUUCAGUGUUGAACACCUGCGCAGACUGGAUAUCAGCGUCAUUGUUACUCAUGUUUGCUUAGCAGAAACAAUGAGACCACCUGAGGCUGUUAGCUGAUUUUCUCUGAUAGAGAAACAGGCUGAGCAGGAUCCAUAGCAACCAACUUUUCAUCUGCAGUUUUCUCUUCUUUUGUGCAGCAGAGGAGCGUUUUGUAUUUAUUCACUGAUGUUGGAGAUAAACAUCGAUCUGUGUUUUCCAGCAUACGUUUCAGAAAUUUUAAUUCUGAACAGAUAAAAACCAAGAGAAGAGCUUAGCAGUGACUUACUCAUCAGCUUGUUUACAAGUCCUGAUUGGGAAAAGAUGCAGCCUUGAAAUCGAAGCCAUCGUGUCCUGGGUUCAACCCUCCCGCAGACGUAGUACUUGCACUUGCAAAGGAUCAUGUUUACUUCCAGAAAGAGAACCUUUUCCAUAGGUCCCGGUUAGAGCAGAGUGACAUGAGUGGAGUGAUUAAUGUGGAUCAUUAUGGUGUUCAUCGUACCAUCAAUCUCAGUGCAUCCUUUUAGGAAAUAGAGCUAAUAUACAAACAGCAGAAACAGCCCUGAUGACGCCCCCUAUUGGACGAGUUUUGGACUUUUUCAUGAAGAGGGUGCAAAUUCAAAAAACAUACAAAAGAGUUGUUUGAUAGUCAUUAAAGACACUCAGCUUUGACAGCUUUGUUGCAUCUCUACAUAGCUUUUCCAUUUAGCGCCCUCUACAGGCUUGGAGCACUUUCUAUAUGAUGACUAGACCUCACAGCUUUGUUUUCGCUUGGUUUUAGUUUUUGCAUCAUUUACUUUUGCACAAAAUUGAUGCAUUUGUUCAGAUUUUUGCAUCACUUGUUCAUUUGCAGCAUGAAGGUUGCAGGUUAAAAUCAAAUCUUGGACUUCAGCCUUUGUACAUGAGGUUCUUCGUAAGAACACUUGGAGUUGGAAACUGAAAAACAAACUCAUGGAGACAAAUUUCAACUGAGAAACUAUUUAAACUCAGAAGAAUUUGGUUUUCAUGUAAAAUUACACACAUUCAGAUGUGGUUUUGCAGCCAGGUCAGUUACCCUCUGCUCAUCAUUGGAUAAACCACAGGGUUAAGGCCUUUCUAUGUACUAGUUUUUAAGACUUGUUUGCUUUUUUACUCGUUUUCUUCAUGUCUGAACUGAACUUUGCUCUUAUUUUACGCUAGUACAAAUGAGUACUUUGUGUUUUGUCCAGUCAUGAGUAAAAACCUUUUCUGGAAGCUGUUAAAACUCCCAAACUUUGGGUUGAAGCCGAAUCAGUCCUUCCUGUAAACCCAGAGAGCUGAGCCCAACAUCCUUUCUGCAUGUGUGUCUGACGAUAAAAUGCCCUAAACAUUUUCUUACUGGGUGUGACAUUGGGAAAGGAAAGCUGUAAAGAAAGAGAGUGACCUUCAGUUUUAGGUUUUUCCCACCACCAGCAGUCGUUGUCGAGGUUACGGUGAAUGUUGAGUCUGUGCUGCUGCUGCUGCUGGUUUUCAUGAGUCAUGCUGGGACAGAAGCCUGGAGCCUGGAGCAGGAGUUUAACCAUCCUGGGCUGUCAGAUGAGGAUCAUUAAAUAAAGGGUUGACAGAGCCGCUAACUUUCAGCUACAUUUAGGGUUUAACUCCGUUUACAUCUGCGCUCAGACAGAGAGCACACUUUGAAGUGGAGUCCACUCCGAGCGAGGUGAGGAACAAAACCUUGUAAACCACGUCCAGACGGGGGUUACAGUCAGACCCCAAGGAUGUGUGUUUAUGCACAACAAACCAGCAGACAUGGUUUAGUGAUACGCAGAUUACAGGCGUUUUCAUGUCUUUGGUUUCAACAGAAUGAAAACAUAACAGAAGGUUAUUUAUAGUCGCUUCUACAUCACCCACUCAAACUGAAACAAUUACACCUUUUGUUUCAAUGCAAAACAUACAGAAGUAAAACAGUUGCUAUAAAAGCAUUUAACCACCGGAUAUCAAGCUGCAGCAGUGGAGCAGUGCUGUUGUCACUCUGUCAGUGCGUUUACAUGCACAACUUAAUCAGACUGAGCUCAUAGUUCGUGUUUUUCUCCGAGUCGGACUUCUCUACUUGUCCGUGCCAGACGUCUGAAGUGUCUACAACUGCUGCUGAGCAUUUUCAAGCAAGAGGAUGGAGCAUCGCACAGCGCUGUUUUUGUCGUACAUUAUGUGCGCGCUACUUUUUCUGCAGAUGAGAUGCACACUACUUCUCAUCUUUGGUGUUUUUGUUCCAGGUUACAGGGGCGUAACGCACAUGCACAUGCGUUAUCCAAUCAUACUUCGACUACGCUGGUUACAUAGUAGAGAAAAUCGAAUUCCAAUCGCAUUAUCUGGGUGUCUCAAUCGGAGUUCUCAGACUCCGAUUAUAGUCAGACUAAGGUGUUUACAUGCACUUCAGUUGUCCAGUCUUAAUCAGAGUAAGCCAAUAAUUCGGUUUUCUCAAGUGUCAUGUAAACAUACUGACUGAGCUAGCAUCAGAGGUAGUAAGCAACCAGAAAGUACAAAGUGCGAAAUGAUGGCAUAUCUUCUUCAGAUGUGCAAAAAGUUCCUGAAAUGUUCCUGAAAUUACCCUGUAGGUGAGCUGUAUGUGCAAAGCUUCACUUCACCUGAAAAUUCCCUGCUAGCCCCCAGGUAUCAGUCCAGGUAAAGCAGGGUGACCAUACGUCUUCUUUUAUAGGGACAUAUCCUCUUUUGGGGGGGAUGUCCGGCCUGUCUGGGCAGAGUUUAUAAAAUCCUUCAAAUGUCCGGGGUUUUGUUAGGAAGUUUUGAGUUCGUGAAACAUGGACUAACUGAGUUAGAAGCACAUAAAAAACACUCGACUCGACCCGAAAAACUCUCAAAAUUUUGCGUGCAACUCCGCCCUGCGUAGUUGUUUCCUCUUUUUGGGGAUUCAGAAUAUGGUCACCCUGGGUAAGUCCAGGUGAGCUCAUGUGAGAACAGAAACAGGAUAAUUCAGGCAAUACACUUUUCCUGAAAUUUUCUAGAAAUUUCCCGAGUGCACAGCUUGAAAGACAUUUAACAGUUGUGCUGUUGCUUGUGCAAAGAGCUAGACGAGCUGCUGGGUGCUGCCAUCCUGCACAUAUCACUUAUACUCUUAACUCUGCUUUUUGUUUUGUCCUUUUUGGACUUUUACCCAAACUUUCCCACUUCUUUAUGAGUGAAGUAGCUUUAAAAAGUUUGUUUUCUUGCUUUCUGUGUCUUUAAAUGAUGUAAAGAUACGAUAUAAAUGUCCUUCAGCAGCACUGAAAUAACUCUUCCUUAUCCGUCGUUAGGAUCGGCUUUAAACAGAGUAUGAAUAUCUUUCAUGUGGUUCAAUUUAACCAAACACAGACUUCUCUUCUCUGCAAAUCACCCAAAUAAACAUUCCGAGUCAGGUCAGAGUUCAGCAGACUCAGGCGUGAUUUAGCAGUUCUGUAUGUUGACAGUCAUGAUAACUCACCCUUGCAGUGCAUUCCCCUCAUUUUUACACUCUAAACACUGACUUUAACAGCAUGCUUAGAGCGUUUCACAUGUUUAUGAGUCUAAACCAACACUCCCGUCUUUGCUCAUUACCUGAAAUUAUCCGGGUAGGCUGACCAUCAAACAUCAUCUUCGUAAAUUCGGCCUGGUCUCUCUGAGGAGGCAGAGCAGCAAACAUGGAAGUGAGAAGCAGUGAUUGAAGCUUGUUUUUUUUAGGAGGAUUUGUGCUUUUGUGCUUUUUGGCUCUUCCUGUUCUGUUUGUGUUUGCACAAAUCAGGUUGUUAAGGUUUAGCGGUUAAACAAGCUUAAUCUGCUAAUGAGGCAGAUGGAGCGGGGGAGUGUGGGGGACCGAUGUAAACGGCUGUGGUUCGGUGGUGGUGGUGGUGGUGGUGAGGGAAUAGGAUGUUUUUACCAGCAUUGGGCCAGAAUGAGGUUUGGUGGAGCAGUCAAAGAUAUAAAUGCCAAGUUUUCAAACAUUUGACAAAGUUUUUUCCUUUUGAGGCUGAAAAGUGACACUGAAUUUGCUGCAAUUCAUCAAACUGCAGAAGACAAAUGGAGCUGUCUCUGCCGAUGAAAGGUUUUCAGAUAACACCCUGAGUAAACACGACAAAGAAUCUUUCAGUUCAAUGUUUUCCUGAAGGCCUCUCAGAUCUGCAUGGCAUCACCUCGGGCAUGUUCUUCACUUUGAUUUAUGAGUGUUAGGGAAACCAAUGAUGUUGUUUAACCUCUUGUUUCAGGUUCAGCUAUUCCUGUGGGGAUUGACGUGCAGGUGGAGAGCAUCGACAGCAUCUCAGAGGUCAACAUGGUGAGGAGGAGUCAAUGUUUAACUCUAUAUAUUCAACCUUGUCAAACCUGUAAUGAUUGAUAGAAACACAUGUGUGAAACAUAAACUCUGGUAUUUUCUGUUCUUUCACCCUCACGAUAUUCAAACCUUAACACGCCCUCACACUUUUUUACACUCAGCUAAGCCAAGCUCUCAUGAAUGUGGUUGGUACUGUUGUUUAUGACAUGUAAUAGUUGUGUUUACAAUAUCAGCUCUAGAAAUAAAGUGGUACAAUACAGUGACUUACUGUAAAAUCCACUCACUCUGUGAGACGGGCAGCUUUCAGGGUAAACACUCUGUGUGUUUCAGCAACACGCAAAACCUUUUCUAUCCUACAGAGAAUAUCAGUGUAUAUUAAAGGGAUAUUCUGGCGUAAAAUUGAUUUAGGGUCAAACUCACUCUAACACCAAGUUAGACACCCCUCAAGAGAUGAAUGUUGCCGACCGAUUGCUUCUCUAGUUAUACCAACUUAAGUAACGACCGCAGGAUAGCAAUACACAGCGACCUGAGGAGCCAUAAACAAACCUCAACCAAAACGCCACUCUAUAGCCACAAAUAAUGCUCAGAACAGCACCUAACUUCAUCAACAGGACAUAUAGGGUCACAGCCAUUGCAUUUUUAUAAAGAAAUGAUCAUAAAUGUUCUUCCUUGAGCUGCGUCACCCCGCUUUAGUUCGUAAUGGACUUGCCCGAGAUCUCGCUACAAACAAGUGGCUGCUGGAAGAGAGUAGGUGAGUUGUGUUUACUCUCUUUGCUAAAGAAAUCAGACAAAGUUAAAAAGAUGUUUGGUGUCUAGUACUAUGGCUGGGACCCUAUAUGUCCUGUUGAUGAAGUUAGGUGCUGUUCUGAGCAUUAUUUGUGGCUAUAGAGUGGUGUUUUGGUUGAGGUUUGUUUAUGGCUCCUCAGACCGCUGUGUAUUGCUAUCUGCGGUCGUUACUAAAGUUGGUAUAACUAGAGAAGCAAGCGGUCAGCAACAUUCAUCUCUCGACGGGGUGUCUAACUCAGUUUUAAUGUGUGUUUGACCCUAAAUCAAUUUUUCCUCAGAAUAUCCCUUGAAAGGUAAAAAUAAGUUUAUUUGUCUUAGUUUCAGGUGAAAAAAGUGUAAGAUAAGGCUUUAAUUGUUUAAGAGUAAAGUAUCUGCUAAAGUUUACUUGUUAAAGGCCCCACACAAUGAAUAACACAUUUUCCUUGCCGAUAGACAUAAACUUCAGACAUCUUCUUGCCUAAAAUCCUCGGAGUGUGAAAGUAAAAAAGAUUCAGCAUUGUUUUUCUUGCCAACCAACUGUGAAAACAGUUUCAACUCCUCAAGCAAUCCUGCUCCUCCUUUACCAGACAACAUAAAGUUACACCCAUUACUGCAUCACUCAGAGACAAAUGUGCAAAUGUGACUGUGACACUUCAGCAGGUGCCUCCAACUGUUAUGGGUCACAUUCUGGAUCACAUGUCCAGGUCAGGUUCUCUUGGAGGGCUCGCCAAGUUAGUUCUGGUGUUUUUCCGCCUCUGCAUUCAUCAGCAUCUGUCAAUCUUUUUGAUAGUUUUUGCUGAAUUUGCACAAGUUUGAUUUAGCAGCCGCACAGUCUAUUACGAUUUAAGACUGUAGCUGUCUUUGUGCAAUCAGUGGAGUGGCCCCCUGCUGGUUGUUCGGAAGAAUGCAGGUUUAUACACUUCUUGCUUGGCUCAUUUUUGACCCACAGAGACUACACCCACUUUUUAAAAACAGCCUGAUGAAAGAAACUUUUAUUUAGAGUUUCUUUUUGUUGACAAACUUGUUUAGGAGGUUAAUGAUGUUUUACUUACUCAGCAGUGAAAAAGUCAAAGUCCACCUGUGCUUGAGGGUUUUUUUUGCAGGUCUACAUACAGUUUAAAAAAUUCAGAGUAUUCUGCUGCUAAAAGCCAGAGCAUAAGAAGAGAGAUAAGAAAAAGUUUUCUGUGGACUUCAGUCUGCUCUGGUAUCACUCACUCUCAGUUCUCUAUGCCUGGUUUGUGACCUCUCCAUGGCUCCUCUUUAAACUCUUCUUACCCACGAGUGUUUUAUCGAGUUCUUGCAGCCAGGAGAGAUGGAUGGCGGGGAGGAUCGGCGUUGUCACGGCAGCUUUCAGUGGAAUGCUGAAAAUCUGCAGGCGGUCUGUUGUCCACAUCAGGCCUCAGAAAAAUGUCUCAUUCAUCUCUGACAACGAUGUCUGACUCUUACCAGCUCAGACUCUCCCAGAAUGAAAGUCGCACCACCUCAUGGUUGAGGAAACUUUCCAUCAAUGUCAAAGUUCAGAAUCUCCUGCACUUUUUUGUGGUUCAGUACCAACCUUUAUCACACUUUCUGCAGGACUUCACCAUGACUCUAUACCUGCGUCACUACUGGAAAGACGAGCGUCUGUCGUUUCCGUCCAGAAACAACCAGAGCCGGACGUUCGACUCUAGGCUGGUGAAGAAGAUCUGGGUCCCUGACGUCUUCUUCGUCCACUCGAAGCGCUCCUUCAUCCACGACACCACCAUGGAGAACAUCAUGCUGAGGGUCUACCCCGACGGAAACAUCCUCUACAGUGUCAGGUACAUGCGAGGACUCAGAGUAUUGACUAAAACAUGAAUUUGUUUCACAUUUUAGCUGCAUUUGAGGAAAGAAACUUGGUUCUUUGUUUCUGUAAAAUAACUGUGGAGGUGAAAAGCAGGAGACUGAGCAGAUGUUUGGAGUGACUCUUUGUGUGUUUCAGGGUCACGGUGACGGCUCUCUGCUCCAUGGACUUCAGCAGCUUCCCUCUGGACACACAGAACUGCUCACUGGAGUUGGAGAGCUGUGAGACACACACAAACACACAAACACGCACACAGCAAAAUAUCCAGAGGAACCUACAGCGUGAUGGAGUUCAGGGACACCAAGAAAAGACUGAGUAUUAGUGACUCUAACGGGACAUGAUGGUUCAGAGUUAAUAAUACAGAUAGAAAGAGGAUGAAGUUUAAACCUAAAGCAGAAAAACCAGGAUCUGGCCCAGACCUUCAGAUCUCAUUUUAGUAAAUGGCAGAUAGGUUAGAAUUAAACCCAGGCUGCCUACGUGUGCAGGGUUUGCCUUGAAAGCUGAAUUAUUGGUGCGCCCAUACUUACUGACACCCCCUUCCUUUCUCUCUCUCUCUCUUUCUCUCUCUCUCACUCACAGAUGCGUAUAAUGAGAACGACCUGAUGCUUUACUGGAAGAAUGGGAACGACUCUCUGAGGACGGAUGAGAUCGUCUUGUCUCAGUUCUUCAUUGAGCAUUUCCACGCCUCCAGUGGCCUGGCCUUCUACAGCAGCACCGGUCUGUUUGUGUUAUCUAUGUGCUAAAGUGUGUGUUUGUGUGUGUUUUAAUAACCUAAAUCAAAGUGAAAGGGCUGCAGCUUCGAGGAGACUCUUGAAUAAAGGGAGAACAGACAUGGUGUUGCGUUGGGUCGAUGUCUGCGCUUCUUGCAGCCUUUUUUCUAAACACGUGUUCGUGUUGUUAAACAGAUAAUUUUUUUUAUUUGCAUAUGUUUUCUUUAUAUGUUGUUGUGCCUUCAGGACCAACACAGAUCAGCAUCUUCAAUUGAAUGAAAGGAAAAGAACAUAAUCGCUGCUUGAGCCUUUAACAACCUGACAGAUGUAACACAUUAGGAGAGGCUGCAAAAGCCUGCAGCGUCUUUUAUAGCACAUGUUAAACUCUGAUGUGUUUCCAUCUUUAAAUUGUGGUUUAAUUUCGUAUCCUCUUUACAAAUCCGGGGUUUAAAUCCCUCCGACAGCCGAUCAUGACUCAGUUUUGUGCUAAUCAUCAUCAUGUCUCUGUCUCCGUCAGGUUGGUACAAUCGCCUCUUCAUCAACUUCAUCCUGAGGAGGCACAUCUUCUUCUUCAUGCUGCAGACAUACUUCCCCACUAUGCUGAUGGUGGUUCUGUCCUGGGUGUCCUUCUGGAUUGACAGGAGGGCCGUCCCCGCUCGUGUGUCUCUGGGUAACUCUUAACAUCUAUCAUACCAUGAGAAAAACCACGUCUGAGCCCUAAAAUGACAGGAUUACUCUGUGGAGACCAGCUGUCUGGCACUAAAACGGAGAUGAGACGAGACCAUGAGGAUGUGAACAUAUUUUUAUUUUCUAAUUAUACUCUGAGCAUUUUUAUCAUAUGUGCAGACUCUCCGUCUAUCACUUUAUGGGAUAUCACUCAGCCAGCUACUGUGCAGACGUUUUAUUUUCGGUUUUCGGCCCCUGCGUGUAUAAAAUCCUGCUGCUGGUCCCCCUUCGCUGUGCAGGGUUCUCAGACCUUAACACUCUGUCUUUAUUGGCAUGAACACAACGAAACAGCUACAAUCACAAACUCCAGAAUUCUGCCAAAUUUGAGCCCCUCAAGGCGGGUGAAAACUUUCAGAGUGAGCAUAUCCUCCUACGAACAAAAAAAUCGACAUAAACUUUCUGAUUGUUUCUCCUUUACUUUUAAUUCAUUGCAUCCAAACAAGCUCCACUCAUCUGCAAACCUCUAAAGAUGCAUGUUUGAAAUUCUCAUUUGCAUAUGAUCCCUGGAAAAAUGGCAGCAUUUGCACUUUUCAGGAAUUUCACAGAUCAUCAAGACAUGCAGCUACCAUGUUUACAACGUCAUUUAGUGGAUGGUUUUGUCCAAAGAUAUGUACAUACAUGCUAAUUCCCUAUUCAAGUAGGAUGUAGCACCUGCCUACAGCACCAAAAUUUCCUCCAAAGGGUUUGCUGAUCUGACUUUUGGAAUUUAAAUACAGAAAAAAAUGACCUUUUCCCACAAUAUUCAGCAUUUUAGCUGCACAAGUAAACCCCAAACUGAGGACCAGCAAGCAGCAUGAGAGAUCAGACCACUGUUAAGUAAUAAAGUUUGUUUACAUUCAAUAUAAAGUAUUCUUAGUAACAAUCUGCAGAAAACAUUCAGUUUACUUAGGAAAAUGAUGCUAAAUUCUACAUAAUGACCCUUUAAACAUCAUUAUAAAUGAGGUCCAGUAAGUUACAGAUAUUUUCAGGCCUGUCUGAUUCAUACUAUCGUAAAAGCUCCUGAUUCAGACUCCUCUCUAAUGGGACUCUAAUGGGUUUUGCUGUUCUCCACCCUCAGGUAUCACCACAGUGCUCACUAUGUCCACCAUCAUCACUGGAGUCUCCUCCUCCAUGCCUCAGGUAAACAGCUGUUUGGGUUAAAGAGGCGUUCCGAUGCAGGGGAGUGAACCCAAACCUUUGGGAUCCUGCACAUUUUUCUUUGUUUUAGCUGUUUUAUUGACCUUUUUUAUGUGCGUCUCAUUCAGGUGUCGUAUGUGAAAGCAGUGGACAUCUACCUGUGGACGAGCUUCUUGUUUGUCUUCCUCUCUGUGAUUGAAUAUGCAGCUGUGAACUACUGCACCACUCUGGAGGAGAUGAGGAAGAUAAAGAGGGGGAAGGUCAGCGCAGAAAAACACAGACAUCAUUGCAGCACAGUGAGGGAACUAAAAAGGAUGAGAGAACAUGUCACUUUGCUAAAAGUCUCCCUCUAGUGGCCAUGCAGAGACGUUACAUCAGCUCAGAUUCACAGAUAGAACUCUCUGCUCCAGUUUAUUGUUUCUGUGGUAAAAGUUUUGUGUUUCUACUCUGUUUAUUUUUCUUUUUCCAGAUUCCGUCCACCUACAAUGCCAGCCAGGCGAUGGCCUUUGACGGCUGUUUCCAUGACAACGACAUCGAGCUGACUCCAUUUCCUCGCAUGGCGCCCACACUCACCUCCGACCCUCUCACCAGCCCACCGCAAAGCCCUGACAUCCGGCCCAUGGAGGGGACGAGGCUCAGGCGGCAGCGCUCUGUGCGGGAGAACGUGGACCUGCUGGUCAGCAACAGCUACAUGAUUGACUCGUACUCCCGCCUGGCCUUCCCACUGUCCUACCUGCUGUUCAACAUCAUCUACUGGAGUCUGUACUCCUGAUCCUCACCUGGAAAACUGUCUAUAAACUCCUCUUUGAUUGAACUCUUCGUCACAGGAGAAACUUCUGCUCCAGCUUCAUCUCUGAGAAAUGAAAACACUCUCAGUGUGGGAAACCUCCAACUCUCCACCAUCUCAUUGAGG